UGAUGGAGGAGGGAAUGAGUCAGGCAGACGCUCGCCAGAAGAUUUGGAUGUCUGACAAGUACGGUCUGCUUGUUCAGGUGGUGGAGUUUCUGUACAGUAAAGGAAUGGCGUUUCGGUACCCAGAGCCACUGGAUAAGGAGGCGUAUGUGAAAUCCAUUGUGUGGAACACGGAGUACGAUUCCUUCCUCCCAGACAUCUACGAGUGGCCUGGAGUGUCCCAUAGUCCUAUAGUGGAGUAAUCAUACACCCU